AUGCGUUCCUCCAUGUCGCUGUUCCAGGGCCUUCACGCCCUCCAGUACUCUCUCCCUCGCAUGGCCAUCUCUCACCCCGCUUCACGAUCCUUCUCCCAGUUGGCCCACCGUUCUCGCCGACCAUCGCUGGCAUCCUCCUGGAUCCCACGAGGAGUGUCUCUGUCUACAUCUACCAUCCGUUAUGCCAAAUCUCCUCUCACAGAUCGCACCUCAGAUGAUGCCACGGAUGCGGAGCUCGAGGAGCAGAACAGAAAGCGCCGGCAAGAAGAACCGGCAUACCAGAUCACUUUCACCUGCAAGCCCUGUGGCCAUCGCUCUUCUCAUCGAAUGUCCAAGCACGGGUAUCAUCGUGGUACGGUCCUGAUCCGUUGUCCGUCCUGCUUGAACCGGCAUGUCAUCAGUGAUCAUCUCAAUAUUUUCUUCGAUGAGAAGAAGAAGUUGGAGGAUAUCCUGGCCAAACAGGGUGAUAAAGUGACCCGGGGCUACGUAGAUGGAGAUAUGGAGUUCUGGGAUGAUGGUACGGCGUACAAGAAGACUGGUGAUGAGGCCAAAUCAGAUUAA